UUAUAUAUCUCUUUUACUUAUUAGAUGGCCCUAUACUUAGGCGCUACUUUUAAUUCUCAUGAAGAACUAGAAAAUGCUAUAAAAGAAUAUAGUGAGGCAAAUUCAGUCAAUUUUGCCAAAUCUGAAAGUAGACUGUUAAAAUCUAAUCUAUUUGCUGAAGAAAUAUGUCACACCUAUAAAUACAAAAAAGUCACAUUUUCUUGUAAAUUUGCAAACAUCAAUAAAUAUUCAUAUUCUGUAAGAAAAACUAUGACAAAUCGUAUUGAUUGCCCUGCAUCAUUUGGUGUGUCAUUUUCUAAGGCCAAUAAUAAUCUAGUUAUCGUACGUUUUUGUGAUUCUCACAACCAUGAGAUGGUGAACGCCCCAGGCCCUAACGACACCUCCCUAUUUUUCGACGACCCUCUGGCAGAUGAAGACACAUCUCUAAACUACUUGUCUCCAAACACUUCCCUCCCGCACCAUAGCAAUAAUCUCACCAUUGCUGAAUCAUCGGCUGCCGCUUCUCAUCUAGAAAAUACGGCCUCUUCCAGCCCCGACCACCUUUUAUCCACCCUAGAAAAAAUCAAGAAUACUCCUGGCCUGACCCUCGAAAUUUACCUGGAAGCCAACAAUUUGCUAUCCGUUUUUUUCCAGACCGACGAGAUGAAAUUCUACUUUUCGGCCUACCCCGACCUGCUUCUCAUAGACAACGUGAGCUACUACGAGGACGCCUGCGUGGCCACCUAUACCCUGUCCGUUGUGGACGGGUUUGGCUUUUGUCAGAUAGCUGCCGUGUGGUGCGUGAUAGCGGAAACAUUCGAAAUAAUGGGCCAGAUGGCGGAACUUUUCAAGCGUUAUAACGAGGCCUGGACCCGCGUUCGCGUCGUUGUGGUGGACAAGGACCCUCCGGAUACUCGGGUAUUCGCUGAAGCAUUCCCAUUGGCGCAGAUCGAAAUUUCCGCCAGUCGCGUCUCUCGCGCUUUUAAGAGGGACGUUAACCCGAGGAAUUGCGCUUCCUUGAGUGGCGGAGCUGAUCGCGUAAGGCGCAUAUUAGACUCAUUGACGCGUCUAUCGGAUGCAAGCAGCGUGGAAGAGUUUCAAAGCAUUGCGGAAGUAGAACUGACAGACGCAAGGGCUGAAUGCCCACCUCUCGCUGCUUACCUCGACGAGUACUGGUGGCCCAAGAAAUCUCUGUGGGCUAAGGCAUACAGGCCACUGGCAAUUAGCGCCAUUUUAGAUCGAGGCAUCCAGCACCGUCGAGGCGGCUACCUAGUCCACAAGCUCCGACCAGCCCUGCGAAAUUAUACCGGUUUUGCGUCUUUCCUUCGGGACCUCGUGGCAUUCUCGCGGGCCUUGGGCGAUAAACGCGACUACGAUGCGACAACUGCUUGUAUAAAACGUUGCGUCAAUACGCACCCUGUAGGGAGCGCCUUAUACGGGUUCCGAGAACUGUUAACGACGUACGCUUUUGGGCUGGUAACUGAGGAACUUAGAGAGUCAGAAAGUAUAGAAGCUUUCAAUGCCGCUAACGAUCCCACGUCCACCACCGAAUGCCUGUGCGAGCUUUAUAAUUCUUUUCACCUCCCGUGCAGACACAUAUUUGCCGCCCGUAAAGCUCUGGGUAUGGACCAAUAUCAUCCUUUACUUUGCGACUCUCGUUGGCAGAUAGACUAUUUCAAGAAGCAAAGAAAGUUGUAUCUAAUGAAAAUGGCCAAUACCCCUGUUACCAACGGUACACCCCAACCCUCUAUACAAGACAUCAUUGAUACAUGCAAAAAUGAUUCUCAAGAAUUGAUCAAUAUCAUAUCUGUUUUACCGAGGGAGAAGUUAGAAGGCUAUUCUGUUCACAUUAAGUUAUUAGUUGACUUGGCAAAGAAGGGGGAGGUUCCUAUAGCAGUUACUGAAACCUAAUUUAAGAUAAUAAAUAUAUAUUAUAAAAUCCAAUUUUUUAAAAGCAAUGAUUGUUUUUUGUGUA